AUGUCGUCCAGCAUGGCACAGCGCCUAAAGGGCAAGACAAUCGUCAUCACAGGCGCGAGCUCCGGAAUCGGCAAAUCAACAGCCCUCGAGUUUGCGCAUACACAGCCAGACGACUUGAAGCUCAUCCUGACCGCGCGACGAGAAGACACGCUGAAAGAGAUUGCCAAGGAGAUUGAGGGUUUCGCAAAGGGCGUCAAGGUCCUGCCCGUCAAGCUGGAUGUCAGCAAGCCGGAAGAAGUCAAAUCGUUUGUUGGAAACCUACCAGAUGAGUUCAAGGACAUCAACGUCCUGGUCAACAACGCUGGCCUUGUCAAAGGCGUUGCUCAAGCCCCCGAUAUCAACCCCGCGGAUGUUGAUACCAUGUUCUCCACCAAUGUCACCGGCUUGAUCAACAUGACCCAGGCCGUCCUCGCCGUAUACAAGUCGCGUGACACGCCCUCAGGCGAUAUCAUAAACAUCGGCAGUAUUGCAGGCCGCGACCCCUACGGCGGCGGAUCCAUCUACUGCGCAACCAAAGCCGCCGUGCGCUCCUUCACCGACGCCCUCCGCAAAGAGCUCAUCGCCACACGCAUCCGCGUCAUUGAGAUCGACCCCGGGCAGGUUGAGACAGAGUUCAGCGUCGUACGGUUUGGCGGCGAUGUAGAGAAGGCGAAGAAGGUGUAUGAGGGUGUGGAACCGUUGACACCGGACGAUAUUGCUGAAGUGAUCGUUUUUGCGGCGGGGAGGAGAGAGAAUGUGGUUAUUGCUGAUACGCUGGUUUUCCCAAGUCAUCAGGCUGCGGCGGGCACUAUGCAUAGGAAGCCUGUGGGGCAGUAG